AUGACCGCUGCACGCCGGGGGAUCCUCCAGGAUGUUGCCAAUGUCUCGACUACGACUACGCAACCAGUUUUGGCACAUGAGGAGGAGACUUUCGAUUUCAAGGUUGAUCUGGUGGAUAUUCGCGAGAAAGAACAAUGGGGAGAUACGCCAUUGAUCACCCUAACCCCCAAUCGGCAUCAAGCUAAAUCCGGCGUAGCGGCGAGAUAUGAGGAUUAUAUCCUAGUACUGCGGAGAAGGUUUGACAUAAUGGGCGAGAGGGUAUCGAUAGAUCUCGAAGUUCGAUCACCUCAUAUACUGAGAGCCUUUCGCAAUGUCUUGGGAGAUCAUCCCUCGAUGAACUUCGAUUCUGCUUUGGUCGCUAUCUCUAAGCCGUACGCGCCGCUGUUCCAUUACCGCAAGGAGCUUCGGAGCUAUGCUUCCGACGACUCAAGGACCGUGGUCGAGAAAGAGCACUUGGAUGUGCUAAUCAAGUUCAUGGACAAGAAUCUCUCGCAGACCGAACGUGAUUACGGACAUUCUGAACCGUACCGAAUGGUCUCUUAUCCUCUACUCUGGACGCUGUUUAGGCCGGAAGAGGUGAUCAUUGCUCAAGGCGACCACUUCGACGAAUGCUACACAGUCGAUACUUGCGAAUACGUGCCAGAAGUUCGCCAAGGCACCGAUGACGACCUGACGCCGUAUUUCAAGAUCGAGGCCAAGAGAUGGGACUACAAUGGUACACGUUUCGGUAUGUGUGGGGAGAAACUCAAGAUCAGGGAAUUUCCUACCCCGGUCAAAAUCGAUACCUUGAUGGUGUAUCCCAUACGGUUUCACAAGAAAGAAGACACGGAAAGCCUUAAAAAACGGCUGAUACAACGAGGACGGAAGUGGAGAGAGAUCUUGGAAAAGACCCACAUGCAUUAUAAUGGUCAGUAUUCGACUGGGCCGUUUGGUAUUAGCUAA